AUGAGUAACGAAAGUAAAGGUCGGGCGACGACUGAGCAAAUGAUUGGACUAAACGAGUUUUUGAAAAACGAUGUUCAAUUGUUGAGUGGUAAAUUUAACUCAACAUUUACAUAUAAAAUUGCUCAGAAACGUUGGGCAGCAAUCGCCGAAUCCCUAAAUGCUAUGCCCGGAGCGGUAAAAGACUGGAAAAAAUGGCGUAAAACUUUUCAAGAUAAUCGUACAAAAACUAAAACUAAACAGUCAGCUCUUCAGGCUGCUCAAAGGAGAACUGGCUAUAAUACACCAUGUACUCCAUUGUCUUUUGUAGAGAAUAAUACUUUGGAACUUAUUAAUCCGACGAGCAUAUCUGGUCAUACCGAAAGUAUGGCUUCAAAAGUGUUAUUUUCAUUUGAUAAUGCUGAUGAUGAUAUGCUUGAAAGUGAUCCUAUCUGUGAUGGAAUACAAGUAUUAAAUAAUAAUGAAUCAAAUGAAUUGUUUCCUGAGGAGAGUGUUGAAAAUGAAGUGUUUUUUAAGUUUCUCUUUGAGCCCCCCUCAAAACAUUAA